UUCACAACCGCUGAAGCUUAGUAAAUUGGGAUUUUAGGGUUUCUGCAAAAACAGCAACAAACCACAGCCGAACAACAUAACUAAGAAAGAUGAUUUACGACGUGAAUUCAACUCUCUUCAGAUCCUUCCUCAGCCAGAAAGGAGGAGCGGAUAAAAGGAGAAUGGAAGACCAGCCUAAACAGCAGAGACCAAAGGCCAACGAGAACAAGCCUGUGAUGAAUGAGUAAUGAACAAGCAGUAAUAAGUACAGUAGUAUGUGAGACGCCCGAACGAUGUAGCAAUUUUUUUUCUUCUUUUUGGAUUCUAUAAUAGCUAAAACACUAUCUAUUUUGUAUCUGGAUUUUCUGUUGGUGUUUUGUAAUAGACCCUUUUUGGAUUCAUGGCCUUAAAAGUAAAUGCUUGGUAAUGUAGUUCCAACUUCGAUCAUAAUUUGAGUGCUUAUGCUCCUUGAAUCCUUUAAUUGUUGUUGCAGUAUUAUUAGACUUAUUAAAAGUUGAAGUUCAGAGCAA